GUCUGUUGGUUCCACUCCAGACCAGGAGGUGACGCAGUUUUGAGGCGUUGACAUCAGAUCUCUAAAGAGAGGAAAAAGGCUGAGAAAGGCCGGACCGGGGAGGGCAGAGGCUAGCGUACAUUGAUUGGUUAUUUUAAGCAGGGAACUUUGCCGGCGUGGUAAGCGAUCUCCCUCACAUUGGCGUUCUUGCGUCGCUCAACACAAGCUUUGGCCUACCCGCUUCAGCGCAGCCCGACCCGGCCAAAGCCACACGGCCUGCCCCCCGUGUGUCGUUCCUCCUUAGUGUGUGAUCACCAUGUCCGACUUCGGCUCUUUGCCGACUAACGGCGUCGGCGCCGGAGCGAAAAAUGAUGCUUUUGCGGACGCAAUGGAAAGAGCCAGACAGAUUGCAGCUAAAAUCAGUGGUGAGAGUGGUCACAUGGCAAGCAACAAUGGAGGAGCUGAGGGUUUUCCAUUCGCCGCACAGAAACGAUCGCUCGAAGAAGCAGAUGAACCAGAUGCCAAGAAGGUAGCAUCACAGAAUGAAAGAGAUUCUUCAUUGUCCAUUGGAGCACAACUAGCUGCCCUGGCUCAACAGAGUGUCAGGCCCGCCACAAUGACAGUAACAGAGGAGUGCAGAGUACCUGAUAGCAUGGUUGGUCUCAUUAUCGGCAGAGGGGGUGAACACAUAAACAAAAUACAACGGGAUUCUGGUUGCAAGGUCCAGAUUGCACAUGACAGUGCUGGUCUUUCGGAAAGAAGUGUUUCUUUGACAGGUUCACCUGAUGCCAUAAAGAGAGCAAAGGCGCUCAUAGAUGAAAUCAUAUCAAGGGGACAUGAUUCACCCAAUGGGCAGACAGGUUCCAUGCAGGAGAUGGUCAUCCCUGCAGGCAAGGCUGGCCUUAUUAUAGGCAAAGGAGGAGAGACCAUUAAGCAGCUACAGGAACGAGCUGGAGUUAAAAUGAUCCUUAUUCAAGAUGGAUCCCAGCCGCCGAACGUCGAUAAACCACUGCGCAUCAUUGGAGACCCAUUCAAAGUGCAGCAAGCUAAAGAGAUGGUCAAUGAGAUUCUACGAGAUCGGGAUCACACUGGUUUUGGGGACAGGAAUGAAUAUGGCUCAAGAAUGGGAGGUAGUGGCAUUGAUAUAGCUGUCCCUCGCCAUGCAGUGGGAGUCGUAAUUGGAAGGAGUGGCGAGAUGAUUAAGAAAAUCCAGAGUGAUGCUGGAGUGAAAAUACAAUUUAAACCAGAUGAUGGCACCGGUCCUGAAAAAAUUGCUCACAUUACGGGUCCCCCUGACCAGUGUCAACAUGCUGCCUCCAUCAUCACAGACCUGCUUCAGAGUAUCCGUACCAGAGAUGACGGGGGUCAGGGUGGCCCCCCUGGUGCAGGGAUGCCUCCUGGAGGACGGGGACGUGGUCGAGGCCAGGGGAACUGGGGCCCUCCAGGGGGAGAGAUGACCUUCUCUGUUCCUGCUCACAAAUGUGGACUUGUAAUUGGCAGAGGAGGGGAAAAUGUCAAAGCCAUUAACCAACAGACUGGUGCAUUUGUAGAGAUGUUACGUCAGCCCUUACCAGAUGGGGACCCAAACUUCAAAAUGUUCACAAUCAGAGGUUCCCCGCAACAGAUAGACUAUGCAAAGCAACUUAUAGAAGAAAAGAUUGAGGCCCCGAUGUGUCCUGUGGGUGGUGGUCCAGGUCCGGGAGGCCCCGGUGGUUCCAUGAACCCCUAUAACCCCAACCCUUACAAUGCUGGACCUCCUGGUGGUGCACCACAUGGUGGUGCACCAGGUGGUCCACAGUACUGUGCUCAGAGUUGGGGGAACAACUACCAGCAAUGGCAGACUCCAGGCCCACAAGACCCCAAUAAGGCAGCAGCAGACCCGAAUGCAGCAUGGGCAGCCUACUAUGCACAGUACUACGGUCAGCAGCCAGGAGGCAGUAUGCCAGCACAAACCCCAGCAGAUCCUGGAGCAGCAGGAGACCAGAACCAAACAGCACAGACUUCUGGGGGUCAGCCAGACUACACGAAGGCUUGGGAGGAGUACUACAAGAAGAUGGGCAUGGUCCAGCCUGCUGGAGGGCCAGUGUCUGCUCCAGGAACUCCGGCAGCACCAGCUGGAGGAGCAGCACCUGGAGGCCAACCAGAUUACAGUGCGGCCUGGGCGGAGUAUUACAGACAGCAAGCUGCCUAUUAUGGGCAGGGAGGGCAGGCCCCGGGGCAAGCGGCUCCGCCACAGCAGGGACAGCAGGCGCAGUAAUGACGUUUUGUGUGGCUGGAUGGUUUUGUUGGCUCUUGGGACUUCUGCUGAUAGAUAUCAGUUUUUGGCUUCAACCGUUCAAGACCAUGAUUGCACCAUCUACUCUUAUUUCAAAAUCUUAUUUUUAAACUUGAUAGCUGACUGAGUUGCCCCCCCCCCCAUGUAAUAAGGGAAAAUGUUUUGCUCAAGCAUUUGAAACAACGCACUAAUUAACUACCUUGAAAAUAAUUUGUUUGUUCCUUACUUCACCUACACCUUGUAAUAAGUCUUUGUUCUCAACAUUAUGACCCAUAAAUUAAGAGUAUCUUCACUGCAGAAGCUCUACAUUAAUCAUGUUCAGGUUCAUGCGUUUUGUUUUGUUUUUUGUUUGUUUUUUGAAAUUCUGUUUUGAUUCAAAACAAAUCUCUUCUGGUACUUUUUAAACCACAUUUAAAAGAUGCUUGCUGACAUUGCAGUUGUAAUCUACGCUGCAAUUGUUUCUCAUUUCAUUCACUGUAUUUUUUCAGAAGGGGAUUGUGCGUGUCUGUAUGCUACUCAACAGGAGAAUGUGUGCAGUUUUGCUGUAAAAUGGCAGUAGCUCAUAUGUUGGCUGAUUGUGCGUUCAUGUGUGGAUGUGUCUUCCCUCUGGUUACUUCUACAACUUAAUUGAAGGAUGAUUUGGGUUUUUUUUUCCGUUCCAAUAGGCUCUCAUUGUAUUUUGUUAUUUUUUUUUACAGCUUGUUUUUAAAUACUUAAAAAUAAAAGAUUCAAAUCUACAACAUCUCCAGGUUUGAUGGAAUGAAUUAAUAAAAUUGCUAUACUGUAUUAAACUCUAUUUAGAUUA